AUAACAUUAAUUGCAUAAUAUUUUUUUUGGAAGGGCUUUUCUUUCUUCAAGAAAGGGUUUUUGAAGGGUAUCGUUCUUGUUCAGUUGCUUCAAAUUCUGAAUAAAAACUGCCAAAAUCAACGAAACUCUCAAUCAUAACAAACUUUUGAAAAGCAUAAUCCACUUUCAUCCUCUCUUUCUUUCUUUCUCUCUUCAACAAUGGCGGAAACUGCAACAACAACAACAACAACCAUAUUCAAGAACACCCCGACAAAGAACAGAAACAGAGCAAUCUACAUCAUCCUCUACUUCAUCGUCUUCAUGGUCUCUGUUUCCGCUAUCUUCUUCCUCGCAAAACCCAAUUCAAACCUCAAAAAAGGAACUUCCCAAAACCCUAUAAAUCAACAAUCAUUAAACCCCAUAAUCAAAACCGCUUGUUCUUCAACUCUCUACCCUUCUCUCUGCUUCUCCACUCUCUCAUCGUCGCCCAACACCACCCUCGACCGCUUCCUCGAGGCCUCGAUAAACCGCACAAUCGAUCUCGUUUCGAGUUCACAGUACGAAAUCACCGAUUUCUUUGCUCGAAGAGUGCUCAAUUUACAGGAAAAGAGUGCAUUUAACGACUGUGUUGAGUUGCUUGAUCAAACCCAGUACGAAUUAGGUCAAUCCAUGGAUGAAUUCCGCAAAUCUUUCGGUGUUUCUCGCCCGUUUUACGGAGAUUUAAAGACCCUUUUGAGCGCUGCCAUGACUAACGAGAACACUUGCAUUGAUGGGUUCUCCGAAUUAGAAUCAAGAUUCCAUCACCAAAAACAGAGUCUGAGAAUUUAUCUUGAGAAGAAAUUAAAACCCAUUGUUCAGAUGAUUAGCAAUAUGUUGGCAAUCAUAAAACACAUGGAAGAAAGAUCAAAGCAAGAAAACCGGUUGUUAUUGGAUAAUAACAACCAACCGUUUUCUUCGGUUCGAGGUUCGAAAACCGGGUUUCCGACAUGGAUGGAUAAGAGGGAGAGGAGGUUGAUGGGGAGAGGGAAUUACAGAAUAAAGCCGAAUGUUGUGGUUGCGAGUGAUGGGAGUGGGAAUUACACUACAAUUGGGGAAGCAAUUAGAAUGGCGCCAAAUAUGAGUUUCAACAGAUUUGUGAUCAAAAUUAAGGCGGGAAUUUACAGGGAAUAUAUUGAAAUUCCCAGGAAUAAGAUGAGUAUAAUGUUGUUUGGAAGUGGGAUUAACUCCACUUUUAUUACUGGUAACAGGAGUUUUAUUAAUGGCUAUUCAACCUUCACUUCAGCAACUUUGGCUGUAAUUGGAGACAGGUUCUUAGCCAGAGACCUAACAGUAGAGAACACAGCAAGUCCUGAGAUGUACCAAGCAGUAGCAAUCAGAGUGACCUCAAACUCUGCUUUCUUCCGAUGCAACUUCACCUCCAAUCAGGACACUCUUUACGCCCACUCCUUCCGCCAGUUUUACAGAGAGUGCAUCGUUCAAGGCACCAUAGACUUCAUCUUCGGGAAUGCAGCAGCCAUCUUUCACAACUGUCAAAUAUUAGUCAGGAAACCUAUUUUAGGGCAGAGCAACAUGAUCACGGCUCAAAGCAGAGAAGACGAGUUUCAGAACACCGGGUUCUCACUCCACAACUGCACUAUUACAGCUGCCCCGGAUUUCCCUCUUCCUGACCAAAGACGGUCUUUCACGUUUCUGGGUCGACCAUGGAGGAACUUCUCAAGAACAGUCAUAAUGAGGAGCUAUUUGGGUGACCUGAUACAUCCAUUGGGGUGGUCUCAAUGGGAUCAAUACAGCACUUUGGACACUGUAGAGUAUAUGGAGUACAUGAAUUAUGGACCAGGUGCAGAUACCAGAAACAGGGUUAAAUGGAAAGGAUACAAUAAAAACUGUACUGAAGAUAUGGCAAAGAGAUUUACCGUUCGAGCUUUCUUGCAUGGUUCUGAUGACUGGUUGGAAACUACUGGGUUUCCUCUGUUCCAUGAUCCAUGACAAAUACCUGCAUAAUUGCACUUAGGAAGUAGAAACACAAUUUGUAUUAUACCAUUCUUUUACCACACCUUUUGUGUAUAACAUUCAUUUACCAUGAAGGAAAACUUCCUUUAUUAGCGUAAAUAGCUCCGAAGUACAGGCAAAAGUACCUUCUUUCUAUCAUGUACUCCAGAUUCACUACAAGAAAUGGAAAAAAUUGCUACAUC